AUGGCGUUAUUCGAGAAACUCGACUUCGACCCGGAUAAGGUGCCCAACGUCAAGCUCGCCCUUCACAUCGCCCAGGUGGUGCUGGCGUUGGUCAUCUUUAUCCUCGAGAUCAUAGUCUUCAAAGCGAACAAUGCCUCCAUAAACGGAAACAAUGGCUGGCCAUUUGGCUUGUGUUUCCUGUCCAUCCCCGCGUGGCUGUACCUGGCCAUGACUCCCCGAUUCGAGCGGACGCGCAAGGCUGCCCUGCCUAGUGUUAUGGUCUCUUUCGACGCCCUCUUCGCCAUCUUCUGGCUGUCUGCAUUUGCCAGCCAGGCCGCAUACGACACCGCCAACUCGUGUGGUGAUGGCUGCAAGGUUAGCAAGGCCGUAGUCGGAAUAGCAUUCUUCGAGAUGCUGUUAUGGAUUCUGUCGACAGCCGUCAGCGCGUACACCUUGCGGUACUACCAGGCAAACGGCGACCUCCCGGGCUACGAGAAGAUCGGCCUGAGCCGCCAGAACAUCGACCCAGACAAGGCCGCCUUCUCCAUGGCGCCGCACGACGAGGAGGCGUACGCGCCGGUACAACUGGACGACCACCACGACGACCACCACGAUCACCACGAUGGUCACGAUAAUCCAUACGACCCUGAUUCGUUCGGCGCGCGACCUUUGUACGAGACGGAAACCUCGUAUCGCCCCCAACACACGGCGUCGCCCUCGAACGACAACCCCUUCGACAACAACUACCGGACGCACAGCACCUCGCCGCUGCCGCAUACCGACCCUUACGCCGACCCCUAUGGGGCACCAUCGACAGGACCGCAGAUAUAUGCCCCGCCUGUAGCGGAGGACUAUGAUGAUGGGAGACCGGCCCAGUUCCCUAACGCGAAUUACGACAGGACGCUGCAUUAA